AAUAAUAAUUUUCAGAGAGAGAGAGAGAGACACACAAGAGAGAUCUGUAAAUACUGUUUGGAAUUUGGUGUAUUCUCGCUUGUUUUAUUCAUUUUCAGCUGAAAACUCAAGCAUUUAAGCUGAAGAAAGUGAGAAAUGGAGAGAACUACUCCGGUGAGGAAACCUCACACAUCUACAGCAGAUCUGCUCACUUGGUCGGAAAAUCCACCGGAAGGCCCUUCAGCCAUUGAUUCUGCGACAUCUGCUUCACGUUCAGGGAUCCGUAAUCACCAUCCUUCAAGCAAGAUCAGUAAGGUCGUCUUCGGAGGACAGGUUACUGACGAGGAAGCUGAAAGCUUGAAUAAAAGGAAACCAUGCUCAGGCUCUAAAUUGAAGGAGAUUACUGGUAGCCGUAUCUUUGCAGCUGAUGGUGAAAACGGUGCUUCAGAUUCUGGCAGUGCCAAUCCAACUCCUAGUAUACGAAUUUACCAGCAAGCUGUUAGUAGAAUCAGCCAGAUAUCAUUUAGUGCAGAAGAGAGUGUAUCUCCCAAGAAGCCAACCUCGCUGCCUGAGGUGGCAAAGCAGAGAGAGCUAAGUGGAACAUUUGCAAGCGAGUCAGAUGCAAAAAUGAAUAAACAGCUGUCUGAUGCUAAGUGUAAGGAGCUUAGUGGACAUGAUAUAUUUGGCCCUCCUCCUGAGAUUCUACCUCGACCAUUGGCUGCACGUUCUUUGGAGCUGAAAGAAAGCAAGGACAUGGGGGAACCAGCACCACGAAAUGUACGCACAUCCGUUAAAGUAUCUAAUCCUGCGGGAGGUCAGAGUAGUGUCAUGUUCAACGAUGAAACUGUUACAAAGACUGCGAAGAAGAUACAUAAUCAGAAGUUUCAAGAACUUAGUGGCAAUGACAUAUUUAAAGGGGAUGCACCUCCAGGGUCUGCUGAGAAGCCGCUCAGCAAUGCAAAGCUACGGGAGAUGAGUGGCAGUAACAUCUUUGCUGAUGGAAAGGCAGCCUCCAGAGACUACUUAGGUGGUGUUCGCAAACCUCCAGGUGGGGAGAGCAGCAUUGCCCUUGUUUAACCUUCUUGUCUUAUCUAACCCUGUUAUUUUACUUUAAUUAUUUUCUGUUCAUGUUUGGUUGUCUCGACCCUUGCAAGAUUGGAAUAUGAUUUUUAACGAUGG